GGAAAACGAAUAUGUGGGGAUUUUCAGUGUGGUAGUGGCUCGGUCAUGGUUGCCGUGAGACAGCCCGGAUGAGUAGGAGUUCUAACAUCCGUUCGAGAAACUUUAAUAGUUUUACCCCACCGACAGAAAUAAGCGUGCCCUAAAUAAUUUUCUUAUAUUUUUCAAAUAUAUUUAUUUUCCGAUCAUCUAGGUGAAAAUGAGAAAAGGCGGAUACCUCUUAAGUUAUUCCAUUUAUCUGAAAAUUUUCAGUCGAAAACCCCGUUCUAUUUGGUUUUUCAUACAAAUGGACAGCACCCCUGGUUUUUCUUUCGUGACCCUUCCACUCCGCCGACUUCAUGCUCACUCGCUGCUUUUGAAGCUUUCUCAGAUGUUUAUUCAGUGGAAUAUAGAUUUCCAUUUCCCAUUCAUCGAGUUUUUCUUGGAACCAGUACCAAAUAUCCUUCUUGCAUAUGUAUUGUAGCAUAUUCAUCACAUAUAUUCCCAUGAUAAAAUACGCAGUAGAUCCGAUACCAAGGAAAUGGAGCAGUCCUUUCCAAUAGAGGGAUUUGUAAUGCUGUCAAAUGGUACAAACUCAUCCCGUCUCACUUCGUAUUGUUCCAUUGGUCGGCAUAUUGAAAAUUUUCUGGAUUGGAUUCGUGAGGUUUCCUUUUAUAAUUAGGCUCUCGUUUUUAAAGCAGAUAUUAAAAUACCUCGCAUCAAAAUUCCAAAGCCGACCUCACAGGAGAUAACCAGAAACGAGAAAACUAGAAUGAGGGCGUGGGCUAAGACGCAUGGUAAAUCCAUCAGAUAACGAAAUGAAGACAAGAUUACAAUGGACAGGGAGGGCAGCCGGAACUUUGGUACUGAUAAAACUGAAGCGUUCUUGAAACUAGUCAAUUUGAAUACACUGAAAGGCGUAGAAAGAGGUCCAAGCGAAAGUGACUGAGCCGUCUAAUUCAAAUACCACCUGAGUCUCCUAACAACGAACAGGUAGACAGUUUGAGUCCUAGUGACAGUAACAGUGACUGAAAAGAAAAAGUAGACGGCGCUCUUGAAACAGCACUGAAUAUGAUCUGUCCGACCAGGCUCGGAAGAAUAACAACACUUACAACUCGGAUGACAGAUUUUCAGUGUAAGCGGGAAUGACAGGAAUGUGGAGUGGCAGGAAGUUGCAAGGACUUGUAACCUAAUAAUUGUUAUAACCUCCCUACUUGCAGGGUUUAGUACAGUCUAAAAGAUCCUAUGGUCUUCAGAACAUCUUCGCAAAUCCUGGUGAAUUUUUGGGUCUUUGUUGGCUAGUAUUUAGAAGCCGUAAUUUUGCGGAUGCGAAGAGAAAAGAACUGGCAUGUAUAACACUGGGAUUUUUUUUCUGAAUUCUGCUUGUGGGAAUGGGAUUUGAGCACUGAGAAGUGGGAUUUGCAAAAAAAAAUUACAUUUGGGCUGGGAAAUACCCAGGCCCCCUAUAUUUAUGGUUACACUAUAUGAUUGUUACACCACGAGUACACUGGAGCAGGCGUACUUCUUCCUUGAGUAGUCUUAGACAAAAGUUCAGUGAAAUGAGGCCAGCACACUCAAAAUUUCAGUAUACAAAGGCAAUAGUUUGUGCCAUACCUUCCUCACUUCCUGCUGAAGCACAGAGGCAAAAUGAUCCUGCAGAACCUGUGGACUUCGAAAAAGCCGUUCGACAACACCGUGAGUACGUUCUUGCGUUGAAAAAUCUUGGAUUAGAGGUGAUAGAGCUUCCUGCAGACGAAGAGCAUCCAGAUUGUGUGUUUGUCGAAGACGUGAGUGUAGUGUGUGAUGGAGUCGCCUUAAUUUCCCGGCUUGGUCAUCAAACGAGGCGUGGGGAAUCCGCUAGAAUGAAGUCAACUUUGGAGGAACUUGGAUUGGUGGUGGCAGAAAUGAAACCACCAGCUGCUUUAGACGGAGGAGAUGUACUUUUCACUGGGAAAGAAUUUCUUGUGGGGCUCUCUAAGAGGACGAAUCAAGCAGGAAUGGAAACUUUAGCCAAAACAUUCCCCAGUUACCCUGUGACGGGGAUUUCAGUAACCAGCCAUCUUCACCUCAAAUCUAUGAUGACGAUGGGCGGUCAUGACAUCAUCGUCGUUGGCGGAAGUAGCGAGGCUCAGAAUGCUUGGAUUGAAGUCGAGAAAAAGGCCAAGUUUCAGUAUGAAAAGCUUGUAGUUUCUGAUGACACUGCUGCUAAUUGUCUUUUUGUCAAUGGAACAUUAAUACAUUUGGUUGCAGCUGAGAUUCCCGACAGUUUCGAGGCGUUUAAUCAAAUUUCUUGUCCAAAGAUGGAGCUCGAAAAUUCUGAACUUAGUAAAGUUGAUGGUUGUCUAACUUGCCUGUCUAUAUUGAUAUGAUAUAUUAAAUCCAUUAAUUAAUUUAGUGGAGAAA